ACAUAUGUGUGUGUGUGUGUGUGUAUCCAAUUGUCUUUUAGGAAUGGAAAUGAAAUAAUAUUUGGAAAGAAGGCGGGUGUUGCAACAAAUUAAAUCCAGGGUGAAAGGUGGAACUCACAAACAUGAACAACAUACAGCAGUUGUCCAUAAUUUACUGACAAGGUGGUGUCUGGGGAAAAAAGGAACCUUUACCGUCAUGUUGUGUUUCUACCCGAACAUCCAAGCAGACGCGCAGUUGCAGGCUGCUAGCAGUAAACAUGCUUACGUUUCACAUCGACUCUUAAAAAGCGUUAGAAGCUAGGCAGGCGGGAUCGUGACGUCACAUCCGGGUAAUGGCUUUGUUUUUUUCUCGAACACAGUUCUGCAGGAUUAGCUCACUUUUAAAAAUAUUACUACUUGCGUCGGUCAGCAGUUAGCUUAGCUGUUAGCAUGAGACGAGUAGUUGCGUUACCAUGGUAACCGACCCUGCAGGCGGCCCAUCAAGUCAUGGUCUCUUCAGAGCAAGAAGCACUAGAUGGUGCAGAUUAGGUUCUACUCAGCACUCGAGUCGCAGCAGGGAUGCUCUCCUCCAGGAUGAUGACGUGUGAGCUGUCGGAGGAUGCAACAUGGCCGACUCAGGUCAUGCCGCAGUAAAGGCCGCCGCACCAGCCGGUGCCGGUCCUGGUCCCGCCAUUCGGCCCCCCCUGUCAGAGAAGGCCCUGUCUGAAGCGUUCUGCCGGGUACGGUACCGGGACACGUCUCUGCUGGUGUGGCAGCAGCAGGCGGCGGCGCCUCCGUCCUCGUACCUGAGCCGCAGCCAGUCUGCCUGGUACAGCAGCUACGGGAACCAGGCGGUUCUGGUCCGAGACAAGAGCAGCCUGGAGGACGUGGGCCAGUCCAGGAUCUGCAACGUCAUGUAGACCGGAACCGGGACCCACAAUAGGCCGGAUGGCACGGCUUGCCGAACCGCUGCAGGUGGAAUUUCAGAAUAAAAGCUGAUUGUGUGUCGAAUGAAAGAAGAAAGUUUGUCAUGUUUUCACUGAGGUCAGGGGUCAAUGACGGUCCAGGCAGCGUGUCACUUAAUGUGUUUAUUUAUGAAAAGAAAGAAGUCAGAAAAUAAGGAUCC